AUGUCAGCCGCACUGGCCUCUGAUGAAGUCGCCGAGGACUACAAGAACUCCUUGGAAGACCUAACCACCAAUGAUAGGUUUCAGAUCAGCAAUUUGACCGUCAUCGCAAAGGAGAACACCGAACAUGCGAUGGCCAUCUCCCGCGUCCUGGAGAAUCAUAUCCGAACAACACCACCGGCUCAGAAGCUACCUGCGUUGUAUGUAGUCGACUCGAUUGUGAAGAAUGUAGGCACUCCCUACACUCUAUUCCUCGGGCGAAACAUGUAUCAGACCUUCAUGAACGCCUACACGCUAGUCGACUCGCAAACUCGCAGGAAGCUGGAUGAGAUGCUGAAGACUUGGAAAGAAUCCGUUCCCGGGUCUUUGGACACAAGGCCGGUCUUUCCUCCCGAUAUCACUCGUAGCAUCGAGAACGCCUUGAUCAAGGCGAGGACCGCUGCCCUUCAGCAACAACAGGCCAGGGGCCAACAGGACGUUUUCAACCGUGGCCGAGUUGCGACUCCUCCCGGCUGGCCGAACACUCCCACACCACCCCAAAUGGCGGCGAGUCGGCAUGCAAACCCCCUGCAAGGCCAGCGGCCUGCAUCCAACGGGUAUCCGACGACCGAGCCCCUUCCUGUCCGUUCAACUCCCACGCCUCAGCUCCAAGCACAAGAGGUCGAUCUCUCAUCUUUGAAUCGGGAUGUCGAAGUGCUGAUCGCUGCUGCUCGAAAUGAAUUCGCUAACAACCCUCUCGACCCGUCUGUUCAACAACGAUUAAAAGCGCUUCUCGAUUUACAGGGCAUCAUGCAACGCCAGCAGCUCACCCAAGAACAAUUGAAGCUCGUCCGUGAUCAAGUAUCGGCGCUUGCUCCUAAGCCCGCCGUACCGUCAGCCCAGCCCGCUCCUUCACAUAUUCCGGUCACAUCAGCUCCGACUAUAGCUACUCCUCCUGUUGCACAGUCAUUCUCUCAGCCACUUCAGCAGCUCUUAAAUCCAGGGACACUGGCGGAACUCAUCAAAGCGACGGCUGCACGACAGCAGCCCACUCCACCCCCUCAAGCCCAUGCUAUUCCACAACUACCUAUCAGUAGCACUCCGCAAAUGCCUACUUCAGCACCAGAGAAUUCACUUAUUGCAGCUUUGAGAGCAAAGGGGCUCUUGCCUGCUUCAUCUGCACCACCAGGCGGGUCAAUUCCGUCACCUACCGCAGGUGCGUUUCCGUUCAUAGUGCCCGGUCAGGUGCGGUAUACACCUCCCGUGCCCACACCACAAGCAGUUCCAAUUGCGGAAGUACAAAUAAAUGUUCAAAUGAACACAGCCUCGAUCAAGAUACCACGUAGCAUGUUGAUUGCUAGCCUUUACGAAACACGAUCAAAUAGAUGCGGCACCUGUGGCCGCCGUUUUUUCGCCACUGAAGAAGGAAAAGAGAGGAAGGCCCGACAUCUCGACUGGCACUUCCGGACGAACCAACGGAUGGCUGAUGCCGCCCGGCGUGCUCAGAACCGGAGUUGGUAUGUUGACGAACGGGAUUGGAUAAAAUCUCGAGAGCUGGGAGACGACCAGGCCAUUACAGACGCAGAUGCUACAAACGAGACCGCCGCGGGAAACGAUAGCGAGUCAAAGAAGGGGCCUCCUAAACAAUGGAUCCGGGCACCUAACGAUGCCACAUUGCGCAACACUCCGUGUCCCAUUUGUCAGGAGAAGUUUGAAUCUACAUGGUCAGAAGAUGUCCAAGAUUGGAUCUGGCAAGACGCAGUCAAAGUGGGCAACCGCGUAUACCACGCGAGCUGCUAUGAGGAGGUUACGAAAGAUGGUCCCCCGCGUGGCCGGGAGACACCAUUAGGACGUACUGGGACGCCUGACUCGGUACUGGGCAAGCGCAAAGCUGAGGGAACGAACUCGCCCGGCCAAAAUGUACGGAUCAAAACCGAGCCUAUCCCGAUAAACAUUGUUCUCAACAUGGCGCCAUACAACAUCCGCUGGGGUAUCUUAGCUACUGGCGGAAUCGCAGACGCCUUUGUCCGCGACCUCCUCCUCGACCCCGCCGCCCGCUCUGCCUCCGACAUCUCUCACACCGUCGUAGCAGUCUCGUCCUCGUCUUCAGCCUCGCGCGCCGAAAAAUUCAUCACAGACACGGGGAUCCCUUCCCCAUGCGCCGCAUACGGCUCCUAUGAAGCCCUGGUAGCCGACCCCAACGUCGACGUCGUCUACGUCGCAACCCCGCACUCGCACCACUUCCAGAAUGUCAUGCUCGUCCUGGAAGCAGGAAAGCACGUCCUCUGCGAGAAGGCGUUCACCGUGAAUGCGCAGCAGACCAGAAUCCUUGUUGAGACUGCACGGAAGAAGAACCUGUUCCUUAUGGAAGCUGUCUGGACGAGAUACUUCCCGCUUAGCAUUGAGAUUCGGGAGUUGAUCAAGAAUGGCGCUAUUGGAGAGGUGCUCAGGGUUACGGCCGAUAACAGCUUCGGUGGUACGCCUGAGGAGAAGUUCAGUACGGAGCAUCGCAUGGUGAAUAAGGAUCUGGCUGGAGGUGCUUUGCUUGAUCUCGGUAUCUAUUCCCUCACCUGGGUCUUCCAGACUCUUUACCACACUCUCCCUAAGGAGUCGAGGAAGCCUCCGUCGCGCGUCUCCGCCCAUAUUACGCCGUAUCACCUCACCGGCGCGGAUGAGUCAACCACCAUUCUUCUGUCAUUCCCGACGACUACGCCCUGUAACGCCGAGCACCCGGGUGAGUCGCAGGCCGUGGCAUCAACGUCUAUCCGCGUCGCGACGGAUCCGGACGAGACCAACUCCGCUCGUCCUGCAAUCCGUAUCCAAGGUACAAAAGGUGAGAUCCAGGUCGAUGGACCCGCGUUUCGGCCAGAGGUGUACCGUAUUAUCCCUGUGAAUGGUGAGGGCAAGGGUGAGAUUAAGGAGAAGAAGUUCGAAUUCCCCUCCAAUGGAAGGGGAAUGUACUGGGAGGCAGAUGAGGUGGCAAGGUGCCUAAGGGAUGGAAAGCUGGAGAGUGAGACGAUAUCUCUAGAGGAGAGUAUUGUGAUCAUGGAUGUGAUGGAUGAGGCGAGGAGGCAGAAUGGUCUGACUUAUCCGGAGAAGAUUGAGUCGACUGUUUACCCUACUCAGCUAUGA